AUGCAGAUUUUUGUCAAGACACUGACAGGGAAGACAAUCACCCUGGAUGUCGAGGCGUCUGACACCAUCGACAAUGUGAAGGCCAAGAUCCAGGACAAGGAAGGCAUCCCGCCCGACCAGCAGCGCCUGAUCUUCGCGGGCAAGCAGCUGGAGGAUGGCCGCACGCUCAGCGACUACAAUAUCCAGAAGGAGUCGACACUGCAUCUGGUGCUGCGCCUCCGUGGUGGAGUCAUUGAGCCUUCCUUGGCGGUGCUGGCGCGAAAGUUCAACUGCGAGAAGAUGAUCUGCCGAAAAUGCUAUGCCCGCUUGCACGCCAGGGCCGUGAACUGCCGCAAGAAGAAGUGCGGCCAUUCCAACCAGCUGCGCCCCAAGAAGAAGCUACUCGGUCCCGGCUCUGCCAUCGCCGAGGACUCCAUGGGCUGUGCGUCCUCCUCUGGCGCUGAGAAGUAUGGUGCCCCCAAGUCUCAGCCUUUCGGAGCGAGCGGAGCCGCGAGUGGAGCUCCGAGCGGAGCCACGGCACCGACGGCACCGACGGCACCCGGCUCCGCUUCGCCGACCUCGGCCUCCUCCCGACCAAAGGCGACUCCCUCUCCGAGCGGCCGUCAGCGGAAUAACUCGCGAGUGGUGCAGGACAACCCAGAUGCGCAAGCGCAGACGACGGCAGCUAUGGUCGGCCUCCGGCAAGAUUUGGACGGGGACGAAGCUCACGAGUUCUUCGUGGAGGACCCAAAGACCGGUCAAAUGCAGAGAGUUGUGACGAAGGACUCGGCAGAGUUAUUCGUGCCACCCAGCCGAGGAAGAAAGGGCAAGGGGUCAACCCUCCUCGCAGCACCUUUGCUGAAGACACUUUUCUCUCCACAUGCAACCCGAGCUGAGAAACUGGGACUCCGCCAGCAAAGGGAGACGUCUUAG